AUGCUCUCACCGAUUCUUCGUACAGCAGCAAUGUCCACCACUCGCUCUCAACUCAACGCAGCGGCUGCCACCCGACUGUCUUCGAUCCAACGACACCUCUCGACUUCUCCUGCCUCGAACGGACCGAAGAUUGAGAGAUUGACAGUAUUCGGAGCGGGGUUGAUGGGCGCUGGUAUUGCUCAAGUAGGAGCGCAGAGCGGGUUGAAGGUUACGCUCAGCGACGUGACUGAUAAAGCACUUGAGAACGGUCUAAAUAUCAUUUCAAAAUCGCUGUCCAGAGUGGCCAAGAAGAAAUCACCAGAUGAUAUUGAAGGAUUCACCAAGAAGAUCAUGGAUAAUAUCGAGACUACUACUGAUGCUGGUAAAGCAGUUGAGAACACGGAUCUGGUGAUUGAAGCAAUUAUCGAAUCUAUCAAAGUCAAGCGUGACCUGUUUGGUUUCUUAGAUUCGAAAGCCAAGUCAGAAUGUAUUUUCGCUACUAAUACUUCUUCGCUGUCCGUCAAAGAGGUUGCCGAAUCGUGUGGUAAAGAACGACAAGAGAGAUUUGCUGGAUUACAUUUCUUCAAUCCCGUUCCAGCAAUGAAAUUGGUCGAAAUUAUACGUACACCGCAAACUUCAACUUCAACAUAUGAAUCAUUGAAGGAAGUCACAUUGCGAAUGGGUAAAGCUCCUGUCACGUGUAAUGACACUCCUGGAUUUAUCGUCAACAGGCUAUUGGUACCCUACUUACUCGAAUCUAUCAGAAUGGUCGAACGGGGAGAUGCGACUCCGGAAGAUAUAGAUACUGCUAUGGAACUAGGUGCAGGGUAUCCUAUGGGCCCUUUCAAGCUUCUUGAUUUCGUUGGAUUAGAUACAACCUCGUACAUCGCUCAGGGAUGGCGCGAAAAAGCAGCGUCGGGUCAAAUUUCCAAAGAACUGGUCGAACCUAUUGAACUGUUGGAAAAGCUGGUUAAAGAAGGUAAAUUGGGUAGGAAGAGCGGUCAAGGUUUCUACGAGUACGAGAAUAAGAAAUAG